GUUGCAUAUCUAACAUUUCUCUCUCAAACCCCAACCAGCUCUGUUCUCAUCUACAAGAGGGAAUUGAAGAAAAGAGAAGAGAAGCAGUCCACUCCAGGCCAGGCUGCCUCAAACACCUGACCUGAGCUCAUUUCCACACAUCUAGCUGCAGUUUGAAUCCCAGAUUUCACAUCCUCAAAUCUGCCUGAGCAGCUCAGUCCAGCUCUACUCAGUCCAAACAGGCCCAGCAGCCUGCCUGAACUGUCUCCUCUCCUAACCAAACCGAACCAAAUCUCACCACUCCACUGCCACCAUGGAGCGCGUUCAGCACAUGACCAAGUCGGCCAUCCGCCGGGCGUCUCAGAUCGAGGUGAAUCCUCAAGCCAAGAGGAACCUGCAGGAGCUCUUCGUCAACUUCACCCUCAUCCUCAUCUGCCUGCUGCUCAUUUACAUCAUCGUCCUGCUGAGCAGCUGAGAACAGCAGAGACUCGGCUGUACUUUGGACGAAGCUCCCCUGCCACCCUCUUUCCCAAGGGAAUGAUCGAAAGUGACCCAUCUUCAACAGUUUAAACUUCACUGAUAUACUGUAUGUAUGUAUGUAUGUAUGUAUAUGUAUGUAUGUAUGUGUGUAUGUCUGCCAGCUGCUCAUUCAGAUCAACACCCUGCUUACUUUACAAUAAUUUAAGGUGAUUUACAAAUGACACUGGCUUCCUCUAUUCAAGACAUACUGUAGGACAAUGUCCGCUGCUUUAGCAAUGAUAGGUGCAAUGUGUACAACACUGAAAUAAACACGUCACUGUUGUUUAACUUCCAUUUCCCAUGAGCCACGCUGCUUCCUGUGUCCCCACCCCACGCAGCAGAAA